AUACUCUGUUUACUUCAUAGCCCGAAAGCAUAAGUAUGCCCGUCCCAGAGAAUAUGGUGUGUGAAGACGAAAGUGAACAGCAGCAGAGGCGGCAGCAACUGAUUAGUUUUGGCCAUUCACAGUGGGGCUUCAACAACUGGAGUUGGACGGUUACCAAACAGGAACUUGAUUUUGUUGAUUUUGCAAACGGAAAAUAUUGUGCGGGUGUAGUCGCAUUUGUCUCAAUAACUGUGAAGAGUUUGGACAUACACAGAGAGAACAUAGGCUAUGCCACAACUAUUGCAAAUAAUAAAGGAUUUGCAAUUUAUAAAUCUAGGAAGUGUGCUGUAACAAAUGCCUUGCGAGAAACAUUGCUCAGUUUCGGUGGUACUGUUGCCACUGAACUAAUGGAUAUCCUAGACAUCCACAAGAACGAUGUCAGUAGCAUGAACACGGGGCCAUCGUCCGAACAGUUGCCGGAGAAUAACCAGAGUUUGCCUAACAAGCAGACAGAACCUAAGAACGCUCCCGUCAACAAGAAUGCGAGGAAGGACUCCUCGGAUAGCUGCGGUUCGAGCGUAGCGACCAACAUGCGGCCGCCGCCGCCUGCGAUUAAGAACGCAAUGGUUCCUAACCCGCCGCCGGUCGCGAAAGCGCAUCCGAUGCCGGCCAGCAUGCCGCCCGCCGCCAACCGGCCGCUGGCUGCCAACGCGCCUCGCCUUCCGCCUGCCUGCCCGCCCGGGCCUCCGGGGCCCCCGGGGCCCGCGCACGUGCGCCCCAACCCCAACGUAAGUUUCGUGCUGCAGCCCGUGAUGGGCGGCGUGGUGCCCCCGCUGUACGCGCCCCCGCGUUUGGCCCCUCCCCACGUGGCGCCGCCCCACCUGUUCCCCAACACAUACUACGAGUACUCGGCCGGUCCAUGGCACUUCACGUACGAGAGCUACGACAGGCAUCACGGUAACGUAAACUUGAACUUCAACAUCCCACCGAAGAAUCUGGUCGUGAACAGCCGCUCGGGCUCGCUGGAGUGCAAGAACGCAUGCGGGGUGCGGCAGGCCCAGGGCGGACCGGAGGGCGAGCCUAUACAGUACGCGACGCCUCCCCAGAACCAGAGCUGCUGGAUAAAGCCGACGAUCUUCUACGACGGCUUCUGGACGGAGCAGAAGGUGAAGAAGUGGGUCGCGGAGCAGGUGGAGAAGCAGUUCCCUGAAGAUGCGUCGCUGAAGUCGUCACCGCCGUGUAACAACGGGCAUCCAGACCCGCCUGUCUCCAAGUCGUAAAUGGGUUUGAGCUUUUAAAUGUAUGUAUGCUACAUUAAGUAUGUAACUCUUCGCCUAAAUACAUACUUUGGUGACAACUGCACAAGUGUUUGUUACUUAUGGAUAAAAGUUUUUUUUAUAAAUAUUUCAGCACACAAAACUUGGGUGUGAUUUAUAAGAAAUACAAAAUGUUUUUUGGUGUUAAAUUAGAAGGUCUAAUUUUCCAUGACUCCACACUGAAUGAUUUUCUCAAGAUAUUGAGAUUAUAACGUUAAUCAUGCUAUGAAAUACGUGUGUUUAAAAGUAUUUUGCAUAUAUGUCACAUGAUCGGGCGAAA